ACCGUUCCAUUGGAAACCGAAAAUGUCACUUCUCGUAUUUCGCAUCGCCAUAUUGGUAAGCUGAAGUGAAAUCAAAUCCAAAAACAUCCGAGAACUAGCCGUGCGAGGAGGCGAAAACACUAAUUUUUGUGAUAAACACAGUGCAAUUUACAAUAUCCACAAUAUAUUUUCGUGGCCGCAACCAGAACAAGUGAACUCUGCUGUUUUGUUUUGAACAGUUAGUGGACAAAAUCAAAAAUGGCGUGUGCAACAUUGAAGCGAUCGUUAGACUGGGAGCCCGUCCUGGGCGGCAGGCCGGCGAAAAGGAGAAGAUGCAUUCCAUUCUGCGGAAGCCCCUCGCAAAGGGACAGGCCUUCGCCCAGCAGUUCGCCCAGUUCCAUGGAACCAUCGUCGCCCAAGCAAACAUCAGUUUUCCCCGACAUUAUUAGUAAAAAAUUCACUCCCGAAUACAUGGCCGAGAAUAUAAAAGCAGAAAUAAAAAGACUACAAAGACGCAAACAGCUGCAAUACAGCACAGUCGAAAAUUCGGACGGGGAGACUGUAGACACGAGUUCGAAGUCUGAACGAGCGCUGUUCACAUUUAAACAGGUUGGAAUGAUCUGUGAACGCAUGAUUCGAGAACGAGAAAGUGAAAUAAGGGAGGAGUACGACAGUGUUUUGUCGACUAAACUGGCUGAGCAAUACGAUGCCUUUGUUAAAUUUACGUAUGAUCAAAUCCAGAAAAAUUAUAACGCGGCCGCUCCACCAAGCUAUUUAUCGUAAGAAACCAAGUAAACCAUGGGACAGUUGGUACUGUCGAUUAUAUUAUAGACAUUAGCCACAAACAAAUCUCGUUAUACUAUCGUUUAUACACACAAGUCGAACCGAUGCAGGAUGCCUUAGAUCCCGACCUACUUCUUGCUGGCGUUUUGUAUAUAUUAUAUACUUGUCAUACCUUUAUAGGAAUUGAUACUUUAUUAUAUUUUGUUAUAUUUUCUGUAAAUAAUCUUUUUACUAAAUACUACAGACGUUUUUGAUAAGGUGUUGAUUUCUAAUUCCAGCUGAAUGGUAUAGGUGUGAAUGGUGUUUUUGUAAGGAAUGAUUUUAAUCAUCCGUAAAAGAUCGUUUCCCCGAGUCGAUUAAAGUUAAUACAAACGAAACGGGUAAAGCGGUAGCGAUGGGAAAUUGUCUUUUACUUUUUUAAUUAUACGUGGAAUGGUGUUUUACAAUUUUUUAAUUAUAUUUAUAGAACUGAUAAUUAUUGUUGAGCCUUACGAUUUUUGUUUGGGGCGUAAAGAUGACGCGAAUUAUAUAUUUAGGACUUGCGAUUAAUUUUUGGUCUCCAUUCGUUAUACAUGUGUCGUUUCGUAGGAUUAGUGUGUGACUGGAUUGUAAUAUAAAAAUUGAUUUAAUUACUAUUUCUGUUUACACUCGUAUUGAUAAGAACAUAAAUUUCAAUAGUUUUGUGUGUAGAUUUUUUAUUGUUAAAAUAAAUUAUUCAUUUAAUUAUUGAUUUUCAUUUUUCAUUAAAUGAAUUAUGUUCUUUACAGUAAAUUUAUAUUUGGGGUGUUUCCUCAACGUCAUGAAUAUCGUAAGAAUAAUAGUUGACGUAAGAUAAAUUAGGCGUAUUUACUUAACAUUUUUUAUUUUGAAUGCUAUGGAUGAACUGAAUAUGGGAGAGGAAACACCCAUUUAUAUUGCUUGUUGGUAGAAAGAAGUUUGCCAUAAAUGUGAUGUGGUGUCAAUAUAUUUUUUAUAGUUAUGUUAAACUAUAUAAGUGCUUGAAAUGUAUUGACGUAAAGAAUACCAAUUAUAGAUAUAAGAAAGUAGUGUUCAUUAAAUAUUGAUUCAAAAUCUAAGAAUGUCAGAAUGUUUUAUAGCAAAUAUCAUUAUUGACAUUUGUUUAAAUCUUAUAAUUUAGUUACUAUUAGAUUUAGAUUAAGGUUUUUUAUUUUCUCUUAGAUUAGUUAUCAAUUAGCAGUGUAUGUGAUCAAGUUACUCCCUUUAUUGUCAAUUUCGUUUGCACACACGGCGCUUAUUAUUUAUUUCAGCUUUUUUGCAAUAAAGUACCAGUUGUUAUUUUUUAUUUUAAUUAACACAAACAUUAUGUUAAUUUACUUAUAAGAUUUAAUAAAAAAAUGGGCUACU